CCAAAUCAUCCACAAAGGUUCUUGUCCAUCUGACGUAAGGAUGGCUCGUGCUUCUCCAUCCGCGGCGACGGCUUCGGAACUGACGCCGCUGCUGCCGCGUGACGUUCGUCUAACUGUUGCGUCUUCUCCGCCCACCCCUCCACCCUUCCGUCUGCCGCGCUGGUUCGUGUUUGCCGUGAUCCUGAGUGUCUUCUGCACAGUGGCUUGGCUGGCUCUGCUGGUAUUGGGACCACAAUUGGAUCUACAUGUGGACGCCACGGCCUACCUGUACGCAGGUGUGCUCAACUCGCUGCUCGGUAGUUUCCUCUCCGCCAGUGGCUACUGCUGUCAGAAGUACGCGCAUAUCCGUGUGGCUCGCAACUCAUCUCUGGGUACAGCUACCAUGCAGACGGCCUACCUGGCUGGGCUCCUCCUGCUGGCUGUGGGUACCAUCUCAGCCGUCAUCAACCUCGGUAUCCUCGGCCAGGCCGUACAAGCUCCUUUUGCGGCGCUUACACUCAUCUACAGCGCGCUACUCGGCCGCUUCGUGCUGCACGAAAGCUUCAGCGUCUACGACCUGCUCUCCAGCGCUCUGAUCAUCCUAGGCGUCGGAGUUGAUGUCUAUGCUGCCCAAAUGGCCAAUGUGCCUCAGAGAUCGUACACCCUCAAGUCUCUGGGCCGGUUGUUAAUGAGAGACUCAGUAUUCCCGCUCGGAUAUACCGUCAUGGCUCUCGCGUACGCAAUGCUGCUACUACGACGCGUGCACACGGAUAAACUACAGCGUCACCCGGUUGGAUUGCUGGCUUUUAGCUCCUGCGCAGGAGUCAUGGCAGGAUUUACGUCGCUCGCUACCAAAUCGGUCGUCGAAGUGACCAAAUCGUCACUAAAGCAUCAGGACUGGCUCGUGUUCUUCAACCCGUUCUUCAUCUUAAUGGUGCUCGCUAUCCCAUGUGCUCUAGUGCCGCAGCUCUUCUUCUUGAACAAAGGACUCGAGUUCUUCGGUACACUAAAAUUCAUCCCGUUGUAUCAGGCGUUCAUCAUCAUUGGCAAUAUGGGCUGCGGAAUGAUCUUCUACAAUGAAAUGGCCAGCUACAGCUACAACGCGCUCAUGUAUUUCUUAGGUGGCAUCAUGAUCACGAUCUGUGGAGUGUGUGUGCUACUAGUGAAGAUCGACUCAGAGAGCAGCAAUGGUGACGCACGACGAUCAAAUGUUGUCAAGGCGGUGGAUCGACCGAUGGACGAAUUACUCGACCGGAAGAGCAAAAGAUUCGAGACGGAUUUUAAGUUUGAGCAGAUGAACUGGGCCAACGACAGUGACGGCUCCAAGCCGAACGAGCUGCGAGUGUGUCGUGACUUCCGCGAAUGCCAAGAGACGAUUGUGGAUCUUCUGGUGUCUGCGCGUAAGUCGAUUUACUAUUCGACGUUCCUCUGCGACUUCACCCAGGUCCUCCACACUACCAAUGAGGAGCAUAUGGACAACACGUUUGUAUCACUCAUACGUGACGCCGUGAAGCGGGGUGUCGACGUGCAUAUCUUGUACAAUCCCGUGCGUGACUAUGGAACCAACUCGAUCGCCGAUCUGCGUCGCAUCUUGCCGCCUCAAGUUCAUUUUGCUUGCUCUGUUAGCGACCUGGGUCCGAGUUGGUUCACGCGCUACCUGUCCAACAACUCGAGAUAUGCCUUCCACCACCAGAAAUAUCUGUGUAUUGACGAGGAAACCAUCAUGGUUACUGGAUGUGAUGUGAACACGGAGCGUGAAGGAUGGCUACUUAAGAACCACCUUGGAUACUACUGGCACGAGCUGAGUGUUAUUUGCCGUUGCACGUCGGAUAUGAUAAGAUGGAUCAAGGCUAACCACCAACCAGCAGUGAACAAACGCCACUAUGAUCAGUUCAUGGAGUCUCCACCGUUCCCACUGGUGUCUGGUGGUUGGAGAGAGGAGAACUGCAUGGUCAACAUGAUCAUGAAUGCCAAGCAUUCCAUACAGUUAGAGAGCCAAAUUAUGAUUUCUGGUGGCCCGCUACAGCACAACCGAAUCUGCCCUGCCAUCGUCGCACGUAUCAGCCAAGCUCGUCGUAAACGUGAGCCAUUCUACGCACUUAUCUUGACAAACGCAGCUCAGAAGGACGAACCAUCGUUCCUGGCUCGAACGUACUGCAUGCUCUCAAUUCAGUGGUCACUGGAGCAGUUGGAGGAUUGUGCGUCAGCGUACGGUCUUACAUCGGAAGAAUUGUGGCAGCACCUCCAAGUGGGACGUCUAGAACACGACGGUGUGUUGAUCAAGGUGCAUUCCAACAUCCUCAUUGCGGAUGGGAAGUACGCGCUCAGGUCGUCUUCGAACCUGGCUGACCGCAGUCUAAGUGCACGUCCGAACGAUACAGAGCUAGGUCUGCUGUUCUCGGGACCUUGCGUGAAUGAGUUACAGCAAGAUCUUCUCAACAUGUACAUGGGAACGACUGGCAAGAUAUACACAUGGGAUCAAGUAUUCGAGCGUAUCCGAGGUACAGCAACACAGAAGCCGACGGGGGCGAUCAAACCAUUGGAAAAGAAGUCGUGGAGUCCUGUGUUCACGUGGUUUAUGAUGAAUGUCUUCAUCUACCUCAGUGAAGGUGCAACUGGUGGUCGAGUUAAAGUGACGUACGAGACCACAACCAUUGGCGAUGACAAGCACGAAUUCGAGACCUAGGGGAUAGAUUGACACUUGGGGAUACUGCAACGUACUUUGAAGUAUGCGAAUGCUCUUUUUGCGCGGAUAAAACUUGCUAAUAGCCCAUUUCCUUGAUGAGGUUUUUGUAACCUGCACCAUCUUGUGAAGGCUCUGACUUGGACUUAGCGGGGUCAGGCCUGCACAAUGGAGUUAGUAGAGCACAGAGUAAGGGAUAGUAUAGUAAACGUACAUCUUCUUCGAGGGUAGCUCCAUGCCAAAGAGUUCUAGCAACUCGUUCCGAGCAGAGCGCACCUGAGAAAUCUGAUCAACAAGACGAUGUUAGCCACUUGUCAGCUUCGAAUAUGAAUGUGAACACGACGUACCGAAGCGUCCCAUGCUGUAUCG